ACCUUUUACUCAAAAGCGCCACAAAUGCACAACCGGUGCUUGUUGCGUUAGUGUUCCCGCGAAACGCCAAAGUUGAUGUUUUCUCUCUGGAUUCCAGUAAUGUUUACAUCACAAUUGUGUUCAUUAAGUGCUUUACUGACUUUUAAUCUAAUGUAAACAAUAUUGAUUAGUAGUGGAGUUGAAAUAAAUCAGUAUUGUUGUGUAUUUACGUAGAAGUUAACCCUAAAUGAGGAUGCAUUGAGUGCGUCACGUCAUUUGCUGUCUAGUUUUCAGUGAAUUUUAAUUCAUUUUCAGUUAAACUAUUCAAUCAAAUCGAUUUUUUGGAUAGUAGAAUUAACUUAAAAUAUAUUAAAAUUGAUUUUGGAGUAAUUGAAAUGUGUAAAUAAGUGUAAAAUAUUCGUUAUUUAUUGGCAUCAAAAUCCAUCGUGGGCACACAUGAACUCUUACGUUUUUGGACGUUGUUAAUUGAUUUUGUGCAUUAAACUUCAACAUUAUACAUUGGAGAACAUUUAGGAGAAUAUAAUUAAUCUUGUUUAAGUGAAAACAUACAAAAUAAGCGGAUUUUUUCGAGGUUAUGUCGAGUGUAUAGAGGGCGUCUCAGUACCGGAUUGCACUGAGGGGUUGGUCAUCAUUUCGCGCGCUGGUCUCCCGCGCUCGCUUCCAACAAUAUUAUUAUUUUAAUAGAAAAAACUGGUUUAAAAAGUGUUAAAUAAUUUUUUUAAAGAUUCUAAAGAUUGCUAAGAACUCGUGAAAAUUUACAAAUUUUUCCAAGAAAUUUUUUGAUUAAAUAAAACUGGUCAAAAUUGGUCGCGGGCUGAUGAACAUUAUGGCGAUCUUGUGAGUCGAAGCAACGCACACCUUUUAAUAUUUUCCCUUGUGAUAUUAAUAAUAGUUGGAGAAAACAUCUAAUAAUUGGUGAAUUAUCUCAAAAAGACUCAAGCUAUCCGCUGAAAAAAUAAAAAUUAAAUUUGGUUGACAAUUUAUUACUAUUACACGUCAUCAAACCAGCAUCAAGAUGCCACAAGCAAGUUUACAAGGAAAGCAAUUGCAGUCCUACCUUCAAGGAAUGAAGAGUCAAACUCUGAAACGUAAACGGAGAAGUACUGAGCCAUCAGAAGAUACAGAAAAUAUUUACCCACCCACAAAAGUUAUAUCAGUAUCUCCUAAUGUUUAUAAUGACGCUUGCAAUGGAUCUCAUAUAGCUGAUGAUUCAAAAACACCUCAACAUCAAAAUUCUGCAUCAAAAGAACAUAGAGAACCAUCAACGUGGUCUGAAUUACGAACAGCUACCUGCUUUUUAACUCCUUCAGCAUCAAAUAGUAGUAAACAUAAUCCUUUGCCUUCAUUUCCUUGGGCUGAUGGAUCUCAAGUUUGGUCGAUGUUAUGUGUUGGUGAUCAAAAGACUUUGACUCAAAGGGAUCCACAAAUGUUUCAAAGGCAUCCGACACUACAGCCACGUAUGCGAGCUAUUCUUCUCGAUUGGCUUAUUGAAGUCUGUGAAGUUUACAAACUACAUAGAGAAACCUAUUAUUUAGCAAUGGAUUAUAUCGACCGAUAUUUAUCAACACAUCAAAAUGUUCCAAAAAAUCAAUUACAACUUAUUGGAAUCACUUGUCUAUUCAUAGCAGCUAAGGUGGAAGAAAUUUACGCUCCAAAAAUAUCAGACUUCGCUUAUGUGACAGAUGGUGCUUGUACAGUGGAAGAAAUUCUAGGUAAAGAGCUUGUGGUGCUAAAAGGACUAGGUUGGAAUUUGUCGCCAGUGACGCCGCCAGGUUGGCUGAAUGUAUUCAUGCAACUUGAGUCUGGAGAUUGGGGUAAACCCAAUGCUUUUAUAUACCCGCAAUACAGUGGCUUACAAUACUCUCAAGCUGCUCAGCUUCUAGACCUUGCUACUCUUGAUGAAAGUAGUUUGAAAUAUCCUUAUAGUCAUUUAGCUGCAGCAGCUAUUUAUCACACCCAAGGCAGAGAAUGUGCUUUAAGAGUAUCAAAGCUUACCUGGGAGCAAUUGGCUCCAUGUGCUAAGUGGUUAUCUGCUUUUGCUUCAACUGUUAACGAAGAAGGUUCCCAAUUGCUUUUAAGAUCAGCCGUCGUUCCAGUAGAUGUUCAUUCUGGUUCUGGAUUGAGAGCUUUAGUACCUAAUAUUGUGUUAGAUGAAACAUAUCGUAUUCAAACACAUGUAGUAGAUUUAACAAUGCUUGAAAAAGCUCAGCAAAGAAUAAGUAAUAGUGAAAAUGAAAAGCUUGAUACAGUUGAUCAGAAUUCAAGCUGCGAAUUACUCCCUGGAAGCCCUGAUCAGAGUGGGAUUUUAACUCCUCCAUCAAGUAGUCAUAAAAAUUCAGUGACGCCUCAACGGUUACCGCUUUCACUUGAACCUUAUACAUAAAUUUUAAUUUUAUUCGCUGAAUAUUUUGGAAUUCAACUUUACCACAGUGCCUUGAGUUGUUUUUCGUGAACACAUUUUUAAAACUCCAUUCUUCCAAAAGAUAUGGAAAUUUUGGGAGACUUUAUCAGUGAUAGAAAUGUUAUCAUAAUUAUUAUAAAUAAUAUUAUAAUUAUUAUUAUUAUUAAUAUUAUUUUCAUAGUUAUCAUCAAUUUAAUAUGAAUUGUUAUUAAUAUAGAGUUAAAUAAUUUUUUAUAAAAAACAUUUAGAUAAUUAAUUUUUUACAAGACUUAAUUGCUAUUAAGGCGAAGCAUUUAAAUAUUGUAUUUUGUCAAUAGUUUAAUUUUUAUAAAUAGUAGAAGGUUAAAAACAAGAUUGAUAAAUAAUUGAUUAAAUAAUUUAAAGAUGUUAAUUUUAUUGAUUGUUAUAGAAAAAAAUAUUCUGUGAUCAAGUAUGCAUAUAUUACAUCUUCAAGAAUGAUUCAAUUUUUAUUGACGCUGAUUUGGCAAGUAGCAUACAGAAAGAAAAACGCUUUGAAAAUUUGAUAUUGUUGGUACUAAUGAAUAUUUAAAAGAGAUAAAAAACAAUAGAAACAAUUCAGUGCCUUAAUUAAAAGUCUUGUUUUUAAUAAAUGAAUGAACGAAAAACAUGUAAAUAGUAUUCUUAAUAAUUAUGUAUCUUACUUAAUUUUCUAAUAGUAACUAUUGAGUGUGUAAAGUGUGAUGAAUGAUGAAAAAAAGUGUUAACAAAUGUAAAUAUUUUUUUUUAAGAUAGCGAUGAUGGAUAUAUUAAUGUGUGUUACAUGUUAUAAUUGAAAAAAACAUCACAAACAUUAAAAAUAAUUAAAAUAUCUCAAACAUCUCUCGUUUUAAAGGAGAAAAACCACUAUGCAUUUACGAUACGAGUAACAAUUUGUACCCAUUUGUAAGAAACAAUUGACAAUAAAAAUUUUCAUCAAAAAAUAAA